UUAAUUUUUUAAAUAAUGUUUUUAUCCUUAAAAAAAUUUUGCUUUUGUUAAAAAAUUUUGUGCGCGUUGAAAAAAAGAAAAAUUGUGUAUAAGUUUUUUUUGUUGUAUGGGAAAAUGCACUCGAAUGUUUUCUUUGCGUAGGGUCAUCUAUGAAACAUUUUUUUAAAGACUUUACACAAAUGUGCCAAAAUAAAUCACUACCUACAAUAACUGGAAUUUAUGAAGGGUCACAUAAAGUUGGGCAAGUUUGCCGUAUUCCUAUAUUGUCCAAUAACUCAUGCUUAUUCUUAUCGUUAAGUUAUCUUUUACAUAGAAACUCCAUAAGUUCUAAUGUUUUACGUGAUGUGGCUGCCAAAAUGAUUGAAAGCGAUCCGGAGACAUUUAACGACAUAACAUUAGAACGUUCUCGUUUAGAUUAUAUUCAUUGGAUACGGCAAGAAGAAAGUUGGGGUGGAUAUAUUGAAUUGAUAGCCCUUGCUAAAUUUUAUAGUAUUCAAUUAUUUGUGAUAGAUCUUUGGUCAGGUCGUCAAGACGAAUAUGGAAGUGACUCAAGUGGACGUUGCGUCUAUCUCUUAUAUGAUGGGCUUCAUUACGAUGCAUUCGCUGCUGAAGAUGCUUGUUGUGCGCCUAUUUUUUGCUUUCUAGUUAAGCCACAAGAUUAUUUAAAUACAUCAUAUGAUCCAUCCUCUGUAAUUACAAUUUUCGAUUCGGGAAAUUCAGUGAUACUUGGAAAGAUUCGUGAAAUUGUUAGUGAAUUACGUCUUCUUAGGAAAACUUCAGUUCCAAUGAAAAUGUUUGAAUGUUGUUUAUGUAAUAAACAAUUUAGUAGUCAAAAUGCUAUGAAGAUCCACGCUCAAGAAACUGGUCAUUCACAGAUGCAAGAACGCCAAUAAGCGUAUAAUAUAUCCUUUUUUUUUGUAUGAAUAAAAAAGCAUUAAAAAACGAAACAGUAAUCGUGUUUAACUCAUUUCUUGUGGAGUAAUACAUAGUAAUUAUUAUAAAUUUGGACAGUAUUUUUUUAAUUGUCAAACAAUUUCAGUGAAGUCGACAGCUUUUCAUUUUUACUGACCAUAUAGAGUGUUAAAAGAAAAAUUGUUCUAUUAUGA